AUGGCCGCCAACGCUCUCGGUGCUAUCUACAAGUGGGCUGUGCCCGCUGCUCUCGGUCUGUCGCUCGCAAAUGCUUCCAUGUACGAUGUCAAGGGCGGUACUCGCGCCGUCAUCUUCGACCGUCUGUCCGGUGUCAAGGAAGGCGUUAUGAGCGAGGGAACCCACUUCCUGAUUCCCUGGUUGCAAAAGAGCAUCAUCUACGACGUCCGCACAAAGCCUCGCAACAUCUCAACCACCACUGGUUCCAAGGAUCUGCAGAUGGUCAGCUUGACUCUCAGAGUCCUGCACCGUCCCGAAGUCAAGGCUCUUCCCAAGAUCUACCAGAACCUCGGUCAAGAUUACGAUGAGCGUGUCCUUCCCUCGAUCGGAAACGAAGUCCUCAAGGCCAUCGUCGCCCAGUUUGAUGCUGCCGAACUCAUCACUCAGCGUGAGGCCGUUUCCAACCGCAUCCGUACCGACCUGCUCCGCCGCGCAUCCGAGUUCAACAUUGCCCUGGAGGAUGUUUCCAUUACCCACAUGACUUUCGGCAAGGAGUUCACCAAGGCCGUCGAGGAGAAGCAGAUCGCACAGCAGGAAGCCGAGCGUGCACGCUUCAUUGUCGAGAAGGCCGAGCAAGAGCGCCAGGCCAACGUUAUCCGCGCAGAGGGUGAAGCCGAGUCAGCCGAUGUCAUUUCCAAGGCUGUGGCGAAGGCUGGUGAUGGCCUCGUCCAGAUCAGAAGAAUCGAGACACAGAAGGAGAUUGCCCAGAUGAUGGCCAACAACCCCAACGUCACCUACUUGCCUGGUGGCAGCAACGGCAAUGGUCAAAACGGUGGUCAGGGCGGCAACUUUUUGCUCGGUCUGAGAUCGUAA